UUUUCAACUCCCUCCUCAGUUCGACCCAGCCUUCUCCACUUUGGUUGAGAGCUAUGAAAUGUCUUGUAUGCAGAAUCUCAUCCUCUCCUGCGUGAGAGGUUCUCUCUCUCUCUAUGUUGGGGAUGUGGGCUUCUCUAGAAGCCCUCAUUCUUCUUGGUUGCAGUCACAUGUCAUCUUCAGUGAGUUUUGAUAGACCAAUGGAGCCUUGUUUGGGAUUCCACAGAUGCACCUCUUCCCCUUCCCCCUAUCUUACACACCAAAUUUCAAACAUUGGAUAUUCUGUAUUGGGGCCCACAGCAUAACAUCACUAUGUUGACAUGUCAUAUGCCAAGUGCCAUGAAGCUGGUCAUGGAUCGGGUUAUCCCAUUCCGACAAGAUUCUACCUGUGGAAUGGUCUUUGGUGGCUUUUGUUUUUUCAGGCUUGUGUGCUCAGUGGGGUGUUCCAGAUUUGGAUGCUUUUUACCACUCAUCUCAAUACACAACUUCCCUGCUUUUAGUCUCCUGUUCCUCAUCCUAUGGCAGGGGCAGUUGAUGUUCUCAGUCAUGAUUGGACAGGUUGGUUCCUAUAUGCAUAUCCUCCUAUUUGUUUCCUUCCACGUAUUCUUGCCAUAAUUCAGACCACUCCGUGUCAUGUUCUGUUGGUGGCUCCAUAUUGGGUGGCUCAAACAUGGUUUCCACUGUUACACCCACUUUUGGGGUCACCCUUUUCCUUUUCUUUUAUCUCCAACACUCCUAUGUCAGACCCAGCAUGCAACAUUCAUUCAUUAUCACGCUCUGUCUUCACAUGUAGCUUUUGUGUGGUACCUCGCCAGAAUGGCCAUACUUUCAUAAUGUGUAGUUUCCUUCAUUUACCAUCCUGUUCAUCUUUUCUCAAAAGCAGUUUACCAACAUAAGUGGUACACAUAUCACUGUUGGUCUGUCUGAUUGGGUUAUCAUCCUUCCCAUCCUACUGUUCCUCACAUAACAUCUUUUUUUGACAGGGGCCUUUUGCUUUCCUCUGUUGUGGGCUUUUGGGUGGCAAGAUCAGCCACAUUUUAGUUUACCGAAUUUACUUGUAUUUUCCAGUCUUCUGUCUUGUCCAUGUUGUUUCAUUCCUUCCUCAUUUCCCUUCCUCCCCGCUCUGCUUCUCUCCCUGAUUGGAACCUCAAUGUAGUCUUCCAAGAUCUUACCCAUCAUCCAUUUGAACAUUUGUCUUCUUGUUCAUUAUAUAACCUUUCCAUGAAGUUUCUGUUAAUACUAAUUUUAGCGUGUGGAUGUUGUCAUUCUGAUAUGUUUGCAAUUGAUGUUUGCCGUGUUUUGAUUCAUAGUUCCUAUGUUCUCUUCUUUCCUGAUCAUGCCUUUAUGCUCAAAACUUUGGUUGCUCAAGAGGUUAAUUCUACCUUUACACCCGUUUCACUUCCCUCCAUAUUCCACCUUUAUGACUGUUACAAUCUUGACUGCCUCCUUUGCUCAGUCAGGGCUCUCCACUGGUAUAUGACAUGCACUGCUUCCUUCUGUGGUUUCUAGUUCUGUUUGUUUAUUUUGUGGAAUCCUAACCUCUCCUGUGAUCUUUCUCCCAUUAACCUUAUGGGUUGGAUUUGCCAAUGAAUUCACCUGGUGUAUUUUUCCCUUUCUCUUGAUGAUUGUCACCAUUUUCAUGUUUCUUCCUAUCUGAUCUAUCAAUAUACCUUGUCUCAGGCAGCACAUUUCUGCCUUCCCUUGAAGGACAUCAUCAGUACUGGUUUAUGUACCAUUCCACGUACCUGUUGCCAUAUUAUGCUCCUCUGUUUUUCUGUGAGUUUAUUUCAUUUAUUUGUAGAGGUCAUUCUCAUAUGUUUGGAUCCCACUCUGUUGAGAGUGUUGCCUGACCAGCUAUAAUUAGUCUUAAAUCCACAUUGUAAGACCUGUCAUCAUAUACCAUGAUAGAUCAUCAUAACAUUGAGGCUCUUCCUACUGCGAACCUGAUGUCCAAUUCUAGAUGCUGCCAGGUGUUGGUUGAUCGAUUCUGUUCAUGUUAAUUAUAAUGUCUCUGGUGCUGUGGUCCUCUGGACUUUCCAAUACACUAUUUCCCUCCUUUUUCUAGUGGAGUAUGGGAGUCCUUGCCAUUUACCAGUUUGUAGUUGCUGUGGUGGUGGAGCAUGGAGGCCUGUCCUCCUGAUUGUGCACAAUACCACUCAGUUGAGAGUAUGGUGGUAGCAUUCUGCCAGUGUAGAUGGUGUGACUCCUUUCCUACCUUGGACCUGAUGUUAAAUUCCAGAUGCUGUUAGGUGUUGGAUGUAGCACUUUACCAUAUACAGUUUUCCCCUCUGACUGAGACACCCUACUUCCUACCACUCGUUUCCUGGUGGAUCUGGUGUUAUUUGGAGCCAGACCAGCCACAUAAGUCCUCACAUGUUUGGAUAGUUACCCUCCUCCUACAGCGGAAUGGACAAUAAAUUCCCAAUGCCACCAGGUUUUGGACUGGACAUGAAACCACAUAUAGUCAUCCCUCUUCCUACCAUUUGCUAGAUGUCAGUUCCUGGUGGAUCUGGUGUUGGUUGUAGCUGGAUGAGACGCAUGAAUUUCCACAGGUGUAAAGUUGGGUACCCUCCUCCUGUCACGGACUGGAUGACAAAUUCUUAAUGCGGCCAGGUUUUAGACUGGAGAUGACAACCCACCUGGGCCCUCCACCUUCCUACCUUCUUCCAGAUGUUGGAUUCCGGUGGAUCUGGUGUUUUUUGUGUUGGAGGUGGGUUCUUGAUAUGGAAGUUCCUCUUCCCUGCCAGAGUGUACCCUCUUCCUACAGCAGACCUGAUGUAGAAUUCCAGAUGCUUCCAGGUGUUGGUUGAGGUUGAACUCCCAUUUAUGGUCUGUAACCCCCUUAGCCAUUCUACACUGAGGGGCCACUUUUUAUUUCUAUAAUUUUUUGGGCCCCACAAAUGUUUCCACCCUUUUAGUGACACAUUACUAAUGGAUGAAGAGUAUACCUGGCACAGAAGUGGUGCAGGCUCCCAUGGGUAUGUUGUUUUUAAUUUCUUCUCACAUCCUAUGGUUUUCCCUGGGGUGCUUCCCAAAGGGAGACGAUCAUCUCACCAGCCAUCCACUUGUUCAGUGUGGGAUUCUAGCUUUUUGUGAGAAGAGAUUGCAAACUUUGGAUAAGCAUGUAAAGGGUGACAUGCUGUUGUAAUCAUGGAAGUAUUAAACACCAAAGUUGAACCCUUGCAUGAUGAGGAACAGAAUGAUUUAUUGGAUCUCAAACUGGUGAAAAGUGAAGAAACUGUUAAAACACCACCAAAACAAGCUGCUGCUCAAGGAAAAACAUCUUCACAUUCUACCUUUGAUUCUAAAGUACCAAAAAAGGAACAAGAAGAGAACUAUAGUGAAGUAACAGAGAAUUCUCAGAACACAUUUUGUGGAGUGACAACUGAGCAACCUAGUGAUUUACAACAAGAAAUUAUUUCUGAGUUCUGUGAGAGUGAUGAUAAUGAUCUAACUAGUUCAAAAGAUAAUGUUGUGAAUGUGAAAAAGGAAAAUGAAUUUCAAGAAGAGUUCCUACAACUGGAUUCUGGAUUAGAAGAUAUAUCUGAUCCAAAAACAUACAUCAACAACCAACGUGGAACAGCAUAUGAAGAUUUGAUACAAGAAGCUCCUAAUACAAAAAACAUAAAAUCUCAGAAGCCAAGCAGUGUUGAUGUGUGUGGGAAAAUAUUUUCAAAAAAAAAAAAUCUAAAAAAAUGUCAGGUUUCCUACAUUGGAGAUAAACCAUACAAAUGUGUUUUUUGUGGUAAAGAAUUUCAGAGUAAGGGUCAAAUUGAAAUACAUAAGAGAACACACACUGGAGAGAAACCGUACAGUUGUGUUGUGUGUGGUAAAGCAUUUGGAAGGAAUAGUCAACUUAAAAUACAUACAAGGAUACACACAGGGGAGAAACCAUACAAGUGUGUUGUGUGUGGUAAGCAAUUUGGAAGUAAUAGUAGCUUAAAAUUACAUGAGAAGAUACACACUGGAGUGAAACCAUACAGUUGUGUUGUGUGUGGCAAAGAGUUUAGAAGAAAUAAUGAUCUAAAAAAACAUGAAAGGUGUCACACUCUGGAAAAACCAUACAGCUGUGUAAUGUGUGGAAAAGAAUUUGGAACAAAUGGCCAUUUAAAAAUACAUGUGAGGAUACACACUGGGGAGAAACCCUACAGGUGUGUAGUGUGUGGAAAAAAGUUUAGAUGUAGUAGUAACCUGAAAUCUCAUGAGAAGAUACACACUGGAGAUAAACCAUACAGUUGUAUUGUGUGUGACAAAGAAUUUGCAACAAAUAGUCAGCUAGAAAAACAUCUGAGAAUACACACUGGAGAAAAACCCUACAGAUGUGUAUUGUGCGAUAAAGAAUUUAGAAGUACAAGCAACCUAAAAUCACAUGAGAAGAUACACACUGGAGAAAAGCCAUUUACUUGUGUAGUGUGUGGCAAAGAAUUUGGAACAAGUAGUCAGCUAGAUAAACAUUUGAGGACACACACUGGAGAGAAACCAUACACUUGUGUAGUGUGUGGGAAAGAAUUUGGAGGAAACACUCAUCUAAAAAUGCAUCAGAGGAUACACACUGGAGAAAAACCGUACGGUUGUGUUUUUUGUGACAAAGAAUUUAGUAGUAGUAGCUAUCUAAAAAUACAUCAACGUAUACACACUGGAGAAAAACCAUACAGUUGUAUAGUAUGUGGUAAAGGUUUUGGAACAAAUAGUAGCUUAAAAGAACAUCUGAGAAUACAUACUGGUGAGAAACCUUACAAGUGUGUAGUGUGUAACAAAGAAUUCAUAAGUAAUAGUAACUUAAAAAAACAUGAGAGGACACACACUGGUGAGAAACCAUACACUUGUGUAGUGUGUGGCAAAGAAUUUGGAGGAAACAGUCAUCUAAAAACUCAUCAGCGUAUACACACUGGAGAGAAACCAUACAUUUGCUUAGUUUGUGGUAAAGAUUUUAGAACUAGUACUUUGCUGAAAAAACAUAAGAAGACACAUGUUGGAGAGAAACAAUCCAGUUGUCUAUUGUUUGAGAAAGAGUUUGAAAGAACUAGUGACCUCAAAGAUAUAUGAGAGAAAAACUGGGUGAAUCUGCUUUUUAAAUGACAUAAACCAUAUGGCUGUGAUUUUUGUAGUAAAGAGCUUGGAAGAAGCAAUUACCUAAAAAGACAUUAGAGGGCACCUACUGAGCAUAAAAAUUAAUUUUUAAUUUGUGAGAAACAAUUUACAGAUUCUCAAUUACAUUUUUAACUAUUUAUAAAAAUGAUUUAAUACCAGUAAGAAAAUGUGCAAAGUGAAGUUAUACAGACAACCUUACAAGUAAUUUAAUGAUCAUAUUCACAUAAUGCUUUACUUGUUAAAUUAUGUUUACUUGUCUUUUAACAAAGUUAAUAUACUUAGUUUUUUAUUAUAGGCCUAAACAGAAUGGGGAAAGCUAUAUACAUAUACAGAUAAGUAUUUAUUUCUUCUAAGAUCAUUCCACUUGAUACAUACAGAUAAAAUGAAUGCUGUCAGAAUACAAUUGUAGGACAGUGUUAGAUUUUAUAAUGUAACCCAUCAAAAGAUUAAACAAAGAUCUUGUGUACAUUUGGCUUCAUAGCCCAUGUAGUAUGCCUAUUCCUUUAAUGCUUAUUUUAUUUUCAUCUGUGGUUAACUCGUUGUUUCUUAAACUUCUUGCAUUUUGAGUAUUCUUGUUUUAAAGUAGAAUUAAGCUCAAAUGAAUAACCCAUCAUAAUGUUUUGAGACAACAUGGGACCUGUUGGUCCAUCUUGGCUGUCCCAUCCUCUAAACUAAAACUAUUAAUAAAUAAAUUUUAAAAAAAGUCAA